CAGCCAGUUAGUAAUGUACAGUGGAUAGAGCCUUUCUUUCAAAUCCCAGAGCAGCGGGUCCUUCAAGGGUAGUAUUGCAUUUUCAAUUAGCUGCUGAGUGAAUGCUUGGCAUGUGUAUUAGUGAAGAGGCACACAAUUAGCUUAUUGUUCCUUUUUGUAUUGUGUUGAGAGGAUCCAAGCGAUUGGUAGGGGAACAGGCAAGGCAGGCAUCGCUGUGGAUGUUGAAGACUGGAGAUUCUCAGACCUCGGCAUCUUCACUUGCUCACUCUGGAAUUACGGCUAUUUAUUACGAAGCACUCUGUGUGGCUUGGUGGAGUGUGCCCGAGAAAACACAUCCUGGAAACCACUUGGGGUUAGUCUUUCUGAGCUCUUCACAUCUCUAGCUAAUUCUCAUCAUUACCAUGGAGCCCAACAGUCCCAAAAAGAUACAGUUUGCUGUGCCUUUAUUCCAGAGUCAGAUCGCACCUGAAGCAGCAGAGCAGAUCAGGAAAAGAAGACCUACACCAGCAUCCCUUGUGAUUCUCAAUGAACACAACCCCCCAGAAAUAGAUGACAAGAGGGUGAACAGCACACAAGGAGAAUCACAGAAUGCGUCCCCUAAACAAAGGAAGCAGAGUGUGUACACACCACCGGCCAUGAAAGGGGUUAAACAUCUGAAAGGUCAGCAUGAAUCAGCAUUCCCUGAGGAAGAAGAAGGCGUAAAUGAAAGAGGAGAACAGUGGGACCAUUAAUUACAUCUCUGCAGCAAGAAGGCUUCUUGGGAAUAAUGGAACUAUUAACUUUUCUGAAUAUACAUGGAACUCCACUGCUUGAAUCCAGAACUCUCUGUCUCUGCACUCCACUCUCCUUCAGUAGUAAUACACCUCCUUCCUAGAAGCUCUUCUUGACUGAACUUUAGAACUAAGUGCAAAUUGUUCCACAUUACUUACAAUUACAUGAUAAGCAUUUAUUUUACAGUGAUAUUUUCUUUUUAACUUCAUAGAAAUUUGCCAAUGUGACUGUCCUAACUUUAAUACUGCCAGAGCUUAAUCCCUGAUGGCCUGCUGACAUGGUUUUCACUCUAAGGUCAAUGUAAAUAGCAUCACUUUAUGAGUAAAAAAAUAAAUAUUAAAUACAUUUAGACACGAGCGUAUGUGUUUGUGUAGGG